UACACAAAUUAACACGACAGUUGGCGUCCCUUUACUCUUCUAUUCCUUUUUCAAUUUCUUUUUCCAUCACUUUUCUCUCUUUUUUUCCCCCUUUGGUUUUCAGUCGAGCAGAGAAUCUAUAAGAGUUUCAGUUUCAUUUCUCCUUGGCCGCUGAAUCCUGAUUUGGGUUUCCGAUUAAAUUGGAAUAUCUGUUGAUUUUACAAACUAUUAUUUGAAAUUUCGAACGAUCGAUGGGUCGGCUGUUUUUGAUUCAUCUUGAAGGCAAGAUCUACAGCUGCAAGCACUGCCAUACCCAUCUCGCUCUCUCCGAUGACAUCCUCUCCAGAACUUUUCAUUGCAGGCAUGGGAAGGCUUAUCUCUUUAAUAAGGUAGUGAAUGUGACCACUGGAUCAAAUGAGGAGAGGUUGAUGAUGACAGGGAUGCACACAGUGGCUGAUAUAUUCUGUGUCGGUUGUGGCUCAAUUGUGGGAUGGAAAUAUGAGGCUGCCUAUGAAAAGAGCCAGAAGUACAAGGAAGGAAAGUUUAUUCUUGAGAGGUUUAAAGUUACUGGUCCUGAUGGAAGCCAGUACUCGUUAAGCCAUGAAUUUCAUGUUGGUGGAAGCGAUGCUGAUGAUGUUUGAAAUUUACCCGGACAGAUCUGAUCCAGGGUAUAACUGUAAAUACAUUCCCAUCGACGUUCUUGUGUAAGCCUGAUGUGGAUACAUAAGAUUCAUUCUCUUUAAAUACUAUAUUGUCAACUGCAAUAUAUGGUUGCAAAUAAAUUGGAUUUGCUUGAUUAACC